UAGCACAGACAUGUCGUGACUGUGAACAACCUUUACACUGACAACGUCUUUACAGUUUAUAUGGGAAUCUGCUACUGCUACCUCAUCCUCAUGCUCACAGUCACAGCUCACUCACCAGACCAAACCUUACGUUAACGGUUAACCUUCACAAAUGGUAACGCCACUAAUGGAUUCUCUAAUAAUUCACCUCUUCUGGAACAUGAUAGCUGAUAUAUAAAGCUGUACAACCCAUUCCUUUUUCACUCAUACCGCCAAAUACAUUCACAUUCACAGACACAGUUUCUGUUUUCAAAGAUUAACUUUUGUUGUGAACUUGGGCUGUAAUGGCAGUCUCCUCCUGCAAAUCUCAAAUCUUUUUCCCUUCUUUGAAUUCCAUUCCCAAGCUGAAUGGUCCUCGAAAUUGCUUCUUCACACACCCAAUUCUUCACACAAAUCAACUAAUAAGACAUACCACCACUCUGGUCUCUGCAUUUCCCAGCAAUGUUUCUGAGAGUUCAACCCAAAAAAUAUCAUCUUUUAAUGAGUUGAUUGAAACAUUGAUAAGUCGUGUUGAUUUGUCUGAGGCUGAGGCUGAGGCUUCCCUGGAUUUUUUACUGAAAGAUGCAAAUGAGGCACUGAUAAGUGCUUUUCUUGUUCUGCUGAGAGCCAAAGGAGAGACAUAUGAAGAGAUUGUGGGGUUGGCAAGGGCCAUGCUCAAGCAUAGUGUGAAGAUAGAAGGGUUGGUUGAUGCAGUCGACAUUGUUGGAACUGGUGGUGAUGGAGCAAACACGGUGAACAUUUCCACAGGGGCUUCAAUACUCGCUGCAGCUUGUGGUGCAAAAGUUGCGAAGCAAGGAAAUAGGUCAAGUUCUUCCGCAUGUGGAAGUGCUGAUGUAUUAGAGGCAUUGGGAGUAGUUAAUGACUUGGAUCCGGAGGGGGUGACGAGGUGUGUGAAUGAGGGAGGAAUUGGGUUUAUGAUGUCUCCAAGAUAUCACCCAGCAAUGAAGAUUGUCAGCCCUGUUAGAAAAAAGCUAAAAGUAAAAACUGUAUUCAACAUAUUGGGUCCAAUGUUGAAUCCAGCAAGAGUGCCUUUUGCUGUUGUUGGUGUAUACAAGGAAGACUUGGUCUUAAAAAUGGCCAAAGCACUGCAGCUCUUUGGCAUGGAAAGAGCAUUAGUUGUUCACUCAGAGGGUUUAGAUGAAAUGAGUCCCCUAGGACCUGGAUUAAUCCUUGAUGUCACUCCAAAAAACAUUGAGAGAUUCUCAUUUGAUCCAGUGGAGUUUGGCAUUCCCCGCUGCACUUUAGAUAGCUUGAGAGGUGGAGAUCCAGAGUAUAAUGCAGAGGUUCUAAAGCGUGUGUUAUCAGGACAAAAAGGGUCCGUUGCUGAUGCACUUAUAAUGAAUGCAGCAGCAGCUUUGUUGGUUAGUGGCCAUGUGAACACCUUGGGUGAAGGGGUAAUUUUGGCUCGUGAAACACAUGAAUCAGGAAAAGCUCGGGAGACGCUUAAUUUGUGGAUAAAUAUCUCCAAUAAAUCAAAAAACGAAGCUGCCCUUAAGCAUGCCUGAGUCUCUAAUAUCAGUUAGUGACUUCUGAAGAUUGACAGCCAAAAAAUUGCACGGGAAAUGUAGAAGUAUUCAGACUUGAAGGUUUCAAUGUAAAUUAUGUAAUGGAUGUUUUUUUGUUCUCUUGUUGGAAUGGAUACUUUGAACAAUGAAAAA